CAGCUUGGGUAUCAGGAGCACCCUGGUGUGGCCACGUAGAGCUCAGUGCAGCCUAAUUUCAUCUGUUUAAUUAUGUGCAACAGACAUGGAAAGCAAAGCUAGAUUUUGUCAGAUAUAUCUCAAUGCUUCUUAAUAAUAUGCUUUCAUCAGUGUUUUCUCUAUGCCUUGUUCUUUGUAAGCAGUACUUAGCAGUUGAUAGUCCUUCAGAGAGAGUGCUGACUGCAGCUGAGGAGUAAUCCUAGAGAGCAGUGAAACAGAUAUCUUCCAUUUUAGAUACUCAGGCCCAAAUGCCACACAUACAUGACUGAAUGAACUUAUACUCAGGGCCUGUGCACCCUCAUCCUGCAAGCAGCGCUACCUACAAGAAAACUGGAGAGGGACUUUUUAUAAGGAGGCCCCAGUGCCCAGAACAUGGAACAGGCCGCUCUGUGACAUCAGCCCCGGGGCCGCAAGCGCCACGGGCACCGCGUUGGUGGCCACGCUGCUGCGAGGAGCCCUCACUUCUGGCAGCUGAUGUGUGCUGCUGACAAGGAUGCUUCUGCUCUGCCUCCUCGUCCUGCUGGCCGCCUGCGGGCCUGCACUGGGCACGUGGAACACCUGCGGGGGGAUCUGUGGGGUCCGAUCCAUGACUUCUGAUGAGGACCAAGGCAAGACCCGUGUUGUGGGUGGCACAAGUGCCGAGGAAGGGGCCUGGCCCUGGCUCGUCAGCAUCCAGGAUCCUGAGAUAUCAGGCACAGGGCAUCUGUGCGGAGGUUCCCUCAUCAGCACGCAGUGGGUCCUCACAGCGGCCCACUGCUUCGUCGAUGCCAGAAACAUCAGCACUAUGCGCGUGGUGAUCGGGGCCACCCAGCUGACCGAGCUGGGCCCUGGGGCCGAAGUGCGCCAGAUCGAGCGGCUGCUGGUUCAUGAGAACUACAAUGCUGCCGACCAGAGCAACGACAUCGCGCUGCUGGAACUGGACCGGCCUGCCGAGUGCAACCUCUACAUCCAGCUGGGCUGUGUGCCCAAUGCCACGGUGGAUGUGUCAGAGCUGGAGACCUGCUAUGUCGCUGGCUGGGGUGCCACCACUGCAAGAGCUCAAAAAUCAAGUGAUAUCCUGCAGGAGGCCCAGGUCCACCUCAUCAAUGUCCAGCUCUGUAACAGCAGCGAUUGGUACUCUGGGGAUGUCCACACCCACAACUUGUGUGCUGGCCAUCCAGAGGGAGGCAUUGACACCUGCCAGGGUGACAGCGGUGGUCCUCUCAUGUGCAAAGACAAUGACGCUGACUACUUCUGGGUUGUUGGAGUGACCAGCUGGGGAAAAGGUUGUGCAAGAGCAAAACGGCCUGGAAUCUAUACCUCCACUCAGCACUUCUACGACUGGAUCGUGGGCCAGAUGGGCCUGCUCUCAGAUGUAGGCGCUCCUACGACAGCACGGACAUGGGGUUAUUAUCCAACUGCCACACAACCCUGGGGUCAGUUUCCGACUGCUGCACGACCCACUCAGAAUCCAUGGCCAAGACCACCUGCCACCCAGCCACCAUGGCCAAGACCACCCUCCACACAGCCACCAUGGCCAAGACCACCCGCCACACAGCCACCAUGGCCAAGACCACCCACCACACAGCCACCAUGGCCAAGACCACCCACCACACAGCCACCAUGGACAAGACCACCCACCACUCAGAUGCCAAAGCCGCCGCCGCCACCACCACCACCACCACCACCACCACCACCACCAACCCCCGCUCCGAAGCCAAAGCCACCACCAACACCAGUGGACAAGUCCUGCCCAUAUCCAAUCACGAAGCUGGUAAAAUUCUUCACUCAGAUGGAGAAGCUCCUGCAGGCCCUACAGGGAAAAACAGCUUGAGCAGCAGGAUGAACAGGAUCCAGUUCAGGCUGCAUGGGACCAUGACCAUUUCCUGCCAAGGUGAUGCCUGCUGAUCCAAAGGCAGCCUCGGUGCCAAAGGCCUGCUCUGUCCUGCCCACACUGCUCCUCUGCAUGUACACAAAUGCUAAUGUUGACUUAGUUACUGAAAUAAAAUUGCCUUUUUUCACAGUUAACCAUGUUUUCAGACCAA